UGCAGCGUAACGGGGACUUCCUGGUGCGGGACUCCCUGACCAGCGUGGGGGACUACGUCCUGACCUGCCGCUGGGACAACGAGGUGCUCCACCUGAAGAUCAGCAAGGUGCUGGUCAAGGCCAGUGAGACCAAGGUCCAGUACAUGCUGGAGGCUGGGGACGGCUUCGACUCGGUGCAGGAGCUGGUGCGCUUCUACGUGGGCCAGCGGCGGGCCGUGGUCCAGCCCGGCGGCGCCCACAUCUACUGCCCCGUCAGCCGCACCCUGCCGCUGCGCUACCUGGAGGCCACCUUCGCCCUGGCCCACGGCAAGCACGCCCACUCGCCGGCCAGCCAGCGCGGCGGCGGCGGCGGCGCCCACAUCAAGAGGCGGAGCGUCACCAUGACGGACGGCCUGACCACCGAGAGGAUGAUCUCUCACAGCCCGUCCACCAUCCACCACCACAAGGACGCCAUGAGGAACUGUGCCAUGAGCAUGGACCAGAUCCAGGAGUACCACUGCCCCCUGUCGCCGGUGGGGGAGACCCCGCUGUCCCCGGCCUACAGCGCCAUCACCAGACACAGAGCCCACUCCAGUGGGCGUGUCCUGGCCGUCAUCCCGCCCUCCCCAGUGCUGCGGCGCUCCAGCGACCCUCAGCUCAGCCCCUCGGCCGACGGCAGCCCCCCCCCGGAGCUGCCCCCCCACCACACCUCCCACUCCGCCCACUCCUCCCCCGCCCACCGCGCCGCCUACCCGCCGCACCCCACCCAGGAGACGGGGGGCAGCUACUGUGACCUGCGCCCCUGCCCGGCGGGGGGCGGAGGAGGGUCCGGGGACGCUCCGCCCAAGCCCCCGGCCAAGGGCUAUGUGGAGCGGCUGAAGCUGGAGGAGGGGGGGGCCGUGGAGGCCGGCCGGCAGGGGGGGGGGGGGUUCAGCGCCCCGCACAUGGAGACGGCGUCCUCCUUCAGACCGUCCAGGUAUGAGUCCAGCCUGAUGCCCACUGAGAACAAGCCUCUGGAGAUGUCGGUGCUGAAGAGAGUGAAGGAGCUGCUGGCCGAGGUGGACGCACGCACCGCAGCCCGACACAUCACCCUGCUGGACUGCAAGGUUGCUAGGAUACUCGGUGUCUCCGGUGAUAUGCAAAAGAUGAUGGGCGUGGCGUCUGGGCUGGAGCUGCUCACUCUGCCCCACGGACACCAGCUGAGACUGGACCUGCUGGAGAGGUUCUACACCAUGUCCAUCAUGGUGGCGGUGGACCUGCUGGGCUGCACGGGCAGCACGGAGGAGCGCGCCGCCCUGCUGCACAAGACCAUCCAGCUGGCGGCCGAGCUGAAGAGCAACCUGGGCAACAUGUUCGGCUUCGCCGCCGUCAUGAGGGCCCUGGAGAUGCCCCAGAUCUCUCGCUUGGAGCAGACGUGGGUGACCCUCCGCCAGAGGCACACGGAAGGGGCCAUUUUGUACGAGAAGAAGCUCAAGCCAUUCAUGAAGAACAUGAACGAUUGCCAAGAGAACAGCGCGCUGUCCAACACGGCCUUCCCCCACGUGGUGCCCGUCCUGUCCCUGCUGGAGCGCUCGGUCCCGGCCGGCGACGGCCCCGAGCCCUGGGAGAGCGUGGAGGCCGGCGUGGACGUGGUCAUGUGCCACCUGGAGGCGGCCCGCGCCAUCGCACACCACGGAGCGCUGUACAGGACCAACGCCGAGGCCCGGCUACAGGGCUUCCAGGAGAGGCCUGAUGUUCUGGAGAUCUUCCAGACCGAGUUCCAGAUGCGUCUGCUGUGGGGGAGCCGCGGCUCGGAGGGCAGCCAAUCAGAGCGCUACGAGAAGUUUGACAAGGUCCUCACCGCCCUAUCGCACAAGCUAGAGCCACCCGUACGGCAGAGCGAGCUAUAGCACCUACCCACCACCACACCACGGCCCCCACGCCCCAUCGCUAUCAACACCCCCCCCCCCCCCCCAUCUAUACCCUAUCAAUCAUUGUAGUAAGGUCCUGCUUUGCAUUGCAGCAAAUGAUGCGGAAGAGUCCAUGGUGAACACACGCGGGGGGAGGAGAACCAAGAGGCAGCUAAAAAAGUGACAUUGUAGUGAGGACUCUGGGAAACGCAGCACGGGCCCCUGCUGUCCGCCUGGGGUUUCCCAUCCAGGAAUAACCCACUUUUUGUUCCACCAUGCAAACUAAGACACGGGAGGGGGGACUGAGCGGAGAGGACUCAGGGGGACACGGGAGACCCCGAGAAGAAGGGCCCCCAAAGGGCUUUGCCGAGCUAGAGAGUUUUUGCCUUUUCGCCACAACAAACACACACCUUUUCCUUUGGAUGACUGUGGUCACAGCAGCACUGUAGCAGAGACAAUGGCGGUAUCAUUUCCAACAUCACUCGUUUUAGGAUGUCGUGUCGGUGACGCGUGUGUGCGUGUGUGUGCAUGUGUGAGUGCAUGUGUGUACAUUCCUUUCUUUUUGUAUGCAUCAUUCGGUGUUUUUCUUUGGGGUUAUUUAUAUGUUUUCACAGGUAAUACCGAUACCGUGGGUCUGCUGGUUGUGCGCUCCAGGUAGCCAGGCCAUUAAUAUCGUUCAGUCGAGUGUAUCCGCCAUUACAGAACUCAUUACCUCCCAGUGAAACUGCAUCAGGCAUGCGUUCAACAUGUAUUAUCCAGCAUUGAGACAUUUAUAGAACUAAUGCAGCAACUUCUAAUACGAGGGCUUGUGCGUUUUGAGACUGAAUAUCCCGGAGGAUCACGUGAGUUCACCUCUGUUGUAGCGGAAAAACAAAAUGGAGUGAUUCUGCGUUUGGUUUCAGCGGUUUGACGUUUGUGUUGCACACGCACUGUAGCCUAGCGAUAGAGAGAGAGAUACACGAGCACUGUUGAUCGCGAGAAUGUUUUGUUAUAUUGUUAAAGCAAUAUUUCACUUUCACAUACAACCAUUUAAUCCUUGGGGAUAAUAUGCUUGGUAAUAAAUGAUUGACCUGGGUUAUACAAAAAAAUAAAAUGGUGAAAUGAAUAUCGUAACAUUUACCCUCACUGUUGAUAAUAAUAAUAAUCAGAACAUAUUACAGGUAAAAUGUAUGACACUGUACGCUAGUAAUAAAGUGAAGUAUACUCUUAAGUAAUAAAAUGAAGUUUACUCAAUAGUCGCAAAGUGAAGUAUUGCUUUAUAUGCAUUGAGAUGGGGGAUGUUACUAACAGUGAACAAAGGACUCUUGAUCACAUUAAUCGUUUUUUAUUAAUAAUUCUGUUUUCAUAAUUUUUUUCUAUCUCAAAAUGUGAAUGACAAGCAUUACCCAAAUAUACAAAGUGAAAACCAGAGUUCAAUCCAAAGCUGGAACAUGAGUGUUGAUUGAUUGGCUGUGUCACAUUUCCGAUAAGGUGAUAGAAUGGAUAUGGCGAUGUAAUUGUAUCAUUAUCAGUGUAUUCAAGGUGAUCAAUGAUUGACCAAUAAGAAUGCUGUACGUGUCUAUGGGCCUGAUUGUUUCAACCAAUCAGGGAGGAGGGCUGCAACCCGUCUAGAGCAACGAUUAUUCUGCCUUUCUAUACCGUACAGCUUCCACUUUUUAUACCAAAUUACUAAUCAAUAGUCUGAUCAAUAAGAUCAACUCAUUUCACUAGGUGUCAUAAUGAUUUGCCUUUACAUUAGUCAUUUCACAAUGUCUAGUUUUUGUCACUUCACAAGUGCGAAUGUUCACCUAGAUGCAUGAUGGAGAGUUCAACUCCAGCUUAUCACUGCUGAUUUACACUUCCACUUGUGAUGUCACAAAGGGAUAUAUUUAGAUCCGUCCUGUAAUGACUCAUCACCAUGACACCUCAGAGAAAGGUUACCUCUUACAGUAGAUGCUGUUUAAUAGGAACAGACUUUGUCUAAAUGCUUGCAUAUUUGGAAUUGUAAAACUGAUUGGCUUUCACUGGCUUUAAAUAUUUAAUUUAUUUCCACCUGAUGGAAACCGAGUUCUAGAACCUUCCAGGGGGGCUGUUUUUCAGCGGGAGAAAACGCAAACCAUGUGAAAUUGAAAAUGAUUGUGUACACAGGCAAACGCACACUAGUGUGUGUCAAGAGACCACUCAGAUCCCUACUGGUUUAGGAUCAAGGACAAUAACAAUGUAGACGAUGAUGAUGAGGAUGAUGAAGGGUAAGAUGGCGGUUAUGAUUUGUGGUACCUUCAUGUGUCGUCUCAAUGAAUGCUGUACAGGAAUGUUUUCAUGAUGUGUUUAAUAACUUGCUGUACAGAGACGAUCGUCUGGGAUGAACCUGAACCGGAAAAAGGACAAAAAAGAUUUGUGAAUCGUUCCUUGAUUUUAUUGGAGUUUUUUUAUGUACUGUACACAGCAGUCACCUCUUCUUUUUUUUAUUAAAAUGAUUGCUUGUGUCAAUGA